AUGGCAAAGACUCGUGUACUCCUGCUAGGCAGUGGCGGCAUUGGCACCAUCGCUGCCCUUAACCUGGAAUGCGGUAAUCAAGCCGAAGUCACCGCCGUUCUUCGCUCCAACUUUCCGACCGUGAUCGAUCGGGGAUUCGAGAUCAUCUCCUGUGAUCAUGGCCACCUCCACAAUUGGCGCCCAACACACGUCGUCAAUGCGGUUCCUGAGGUGACCCAUUCCAGUGACGUAGCGCCAUUCGACUACAUCGUGUGCACCACCAAGAACGUCCCCGAUAUCGGCCCCUCCGUAUGCGACAUCAUCGCUCCUGCGGUGAGUCCUGGUCGAACAGUGAUUGUUCUCAUACAGAAUGGCCUGAAUAUUGAGAAACCCUUUGCGACGCGUUUUCCACACAACAUACUCCUCUCAGGCAUCAGCCGCAACGAUGCCCACGAAAUUGCUCCCGGCGUCAUCGAACAAAUCGAUCAUGACAAGUUACAAAUUGGAGCCUUCGGAGACCCGUCCCAGGAUCCCGCCACGCAAAUCGAGGCGGCAGUUCAAUUCGUCCAGAUGUACAGUGCCGGGGGCAAAACCAAGUGUUAUCACGAACCGAACGUGCAGCGAGAGCGAUGGAGCAAGCUGGUCUACAACGCGGCGUUCAACCCCAUCUCGGCGCUGACCGGACUUAGCACAGGAGAUCUUCAGAAUGCCGGCAACGCUCUUGAUGGGCUGCUGAUCCCGGCCAUGAAUGAGGUUCUCACGGUCGCUCACGCAGCCGGCGUCGACCUACCCCACGACACGAUCGCGACCACACUUGAGAGGAAUCCCCCACAGAGGAAGAUCUAUCCCAGUAUGCAAAAAGAUGUGACUAAAGGCAACUUUCUGGAGCACGAAGUCAUAAUUGGCGAGGUGGUGCGCGAGGCUCAAAGGCGAGGUAUCGCAACUCCUAUCUUGUCCACUCUUUACCACCUUUGCGCUUGCGUCCAGUGGAGGACCCAGCAGACGAAGUCGGCAACUAUACGGAACUAGGAAUGACGCAGUCGGAAGGAUUCCGUGGAUCAUCCCAAUAAUCUCCUGC